UGCUAGAGUGCACAGCCGACCCCUCUCGCUCUUCAUCUUUCCGCAAUUCCAGCCAAAUACCCUUCUUCAAAUGGCUAAUCUCGCAGAGCUCCGAAAACCCCUUGCAUACGUCCUUUUAGGCGUUCUUACGGGCUUCUUCCUUGGCCGCAUCAGUGCAACGACUAUUUCGCCUGCAAACGCGCUCCACACUCCCACGAAAGCAGGGAAAGCAAAGGCUGAAGACAGCAUCGAGAGUGAUUCAGAAGGAGAGGGAGACGAGCAGGGCGAACUUGGCGAUUUUAAAGGUUCCAAUGAAGAAUGCAAGCUGGUGCUCGUCGUGCGCACCGACCUAGGAAUGACCAAAGGAAAGAUCGCAGCACAGUGCUCCCACGCGACGCUGGCAUGUUACAAAGCCUUGAAGGCAGCCAACUCGCCUAUAUUGACGCGUUGGGAGAGAAUGGGGCAAGCAAAAGUUACAGUCCAGGCUAAGAGUGAAGAUGAACUACUGCUGCUGCAGGCGCAGGCUGUUAGUUUGGGUCUUUGUGCCAGGAUCAUACACGAUGCAGGCAGGACGCAGAUUGCAAGCGGGAGCGCGACGGUACUUGGAGUCGGGCCAGGCCCAAGAAGCGUGGUUGAUGCAGUUACGGGCGGCCUGAAAUUGCUAUGAAUCAGAGGCAGAUUACGGAGUUUGCCAGUAGGGUAGAUCUCUUCAGAGAUCCGGCAGCAUGGACUUGAAAUGUCCACAUGUGCAGGCCCUCUACUUCUGUAAGGUCUGUCACCGCCGUGCAGGCUAAGCAUGCACUUUCAUCGUAAGAAGCGAUGAGCAGGACAGUGUAGCCAUAGACAACAUUCUAUGCAUGGACGGCAUAGAUCAAGGACGGGCGAUGCACCUCGGAGGAAUAGGCUGUGGGCAACAAUACAUAUCUGCGACCUUGUACAGACCAUGUUCUCCGUCAGCGAACUCCCACCUGCCCAUUCGCGUUGUUACGAAUCAGAACUUUUCAAAGAGCCAACUUGAUUCUAUCAUUACAAAUUGCAAUAUCGACGUUUGAGUC